GGGUCGCUAAGGGCGCGCGCAGCGGCGCCGCCAGGGUCUCCGCCCCCAGAGGUUGCCCGGCCGCUGGCGUCCGCGGAGCCUUCCGCGCCCGGGUCCCGUCGCUGUUGCAGCAGCCGCCGCAUCAUGGCCUUCGUCACGAGGCAGUUCGUGCGCUCCGUGUCCUCCUCGUCCGCCGCCUCGGCCGCGGCCAAGAAAAUCAUCGUCAAGCACGUGACGGUGAUCGGCGGCGGGCUGAUGGGCGCGGGCAUCGCGCAGGUUGCUGCAGCAACUGGCCACAUGGUAGUGUUGGUAGACCAAACCGAGGACAUCCUGGCAAAAUCCAGACGGGGAAUUGAGGACAGCCUUAGGAGAGUGGCAAAGAAGAAGUUUGCAGAAAACCCUAAGGCUGGCGACGAAUUUGUGGAGAAGACCCUGAGCAGCAUAUCAACCAGCACGGAUGCCGCAGCCGUGGUGCACAGCUCGGACCUGGUGGUGGAGGCCAUCGUAGAGAACCUGACGGUGAAGAACGAGCUCUUCAAAAGGCUGGACAAGUUUGCCGCUGAACACACGAUCUUUGCCAGCAACACCUCCUCCCUGCAGAUCACAAGCAUAGCCAACGCCACCACCAGACAAGACCGAUUUGGCGGCCUCCACUUCUUCAACCCGGUGCCCGUGAUGAAGCUGGUGGAGGUCAUCAAAACACCAAUGACCAGCCAGAAGACGUUCGAAUCUCUGGUCGACUUCAGCAAAGCCCUGGGAAAGCACCCUGUUUCUUGCAAGGACACUCCCGGGUUUAUCGUGAACCGGCUCCUGGUGCCGUAUCUCAUGGAAGCGAUCAGGCUGCACGAACGAGGUGACGCGUCCAAGGAAGACAUCGACACUGCUAUGAAGUUAGGAGCCGGGUACCCCAUGGGCCCAUUUGAGCUUCUAGAUUACGUUGGGCUGGAUACCACAAAGUUCAUCGUGGACGGGUGGCAUGAAUUAGAUGUGAAGGACCCCAAGUUUCAGCCCAGCCCAGCCUUGAAUAAGCUGGUGGCAGAGAAGAAGUUUGGCAAGAAGACUGGAGAAGGCUUUUACAAGUACAAAUGAUGUGCGGCUCGUCUGGCUCUGAGAAGAACCGGUGCCGCGGGAAUGCCCUCCGGUCAGACAUCCCUCGCUCGGCACGGUCUGUGCGCUGCGCGUUCUGAUUGUGAUCUCAAGUAAUUAUUGACGUUAGUUGCAGUAACAGAUUCCUCCACUGAGAACGAAUUCCCUUUUUUAGCCUGUCUAUUUCUAUGUAUUUUCUAAAAAGCUUUACACCCUUGGUGCCUUAGAGCAAACGUUUCUUUUUAACCAUGCCGUUUUUGUAAAGAAUUACCUGAAUUCGUUCCCUCAUGCAGGGGAAAGUCCUUCCUCUAAGAGCGAGGGGCGCGGUGGUCACCGGCGCCGUGCAGGGGUGUCACGAGCACUGGCACGUGCGUGGUGUGUCUGAGUGCUGCGGUGGGCAGCGCCUGAGUCUUGCCUUUAUGAGAACGUUUGCUGCCCGCAGCUUUGAGCCUUACCUGCGUUCUGGGCACAACACGAGAUGCUCUGUCUUUACUCAACUUGUCAUUAAGACGCCGCUGCUGGGGUGCCGGGACUAUCUGUGUGCUUGGUUUGCGGGAAGACGUCUGUCUUCAUGGUCAUUCAGAUCCACCAAUCUCAAUGAUUACUGUCUCUCUCUUUUUUCCCCAUGAGAAAUCAGUGUUGAAAACAGCCUAUAAAUUGACUCUAAUAAAAUACAGUCUUUUAGUCUGUGAAAAUUUGAAUUGAAAUAAAUAUGUAUAAUUUAAAAUUGUAAUAUGCUU